UGGAAUUUGUUCCAUUCUCGAAGCCAGGCUAAAUUAAAAUUACGCAAAUUACAAAUUUCCCAAGAUGGAAGCCAUCAUGGAAAAACUUUCCAUUUACGGAAACAACUUGAAGAAAAAAGAAUCCAAAAGACAGGAGGACAUCCAAAAAGCGAAACAUUUGGCCCCAUUCACUUACGUGUUGGGAAUGAAGGGGAAAAAUUUCCGGAGACAUAUUGCCAUCGCUUUCAACUUUUGGUAUGCCGUAAAUGGUGCAGACAUGGACUGGAUUUUUCGUCUCAUUGACCUCCUCCACAACGGAUCUUUGGUGAUAGACGAUAUCCAAGAUAAUUCCGAAUUACGGAGAGGAAAACCCGCUGCCCAUCUGCUCUACGGGGUUCCACUUUCGAUCAAUGCGGCCAAUUAUGCCUACUUUGAUGCACUGAGAGUCCUAUUGGAGAGAAAUAGUUUAAGGGCUGUAGAGAUUUUCACCGAAGAAUUGCUAAACCUGCAUCACGGCCAAGGAAUGGAGCUGUACUGGCGAGACUGGGAAAUAUUUGCGCCGAACGAUGACCCUAAAAAGUACAUUCCCACGGAAGACGAGUAUGUUGAAGUCAUUGCGAAAAAAACCUCUGGACAAUUCAUCCUCCUCGCAAGGAUCAUGCGCCUUCGAAAGCACAAGGGAAAACCCGACGUUGACCUGACCAACUUGGCGUACAUGGCGGGAGUCUACUUUCAAAUACGGGACGACUUCAUGAACCUAACCUCUCAAGAGUAUACCGACACGAAAGGCUUUUGUGAAGAUAUUUCCGAAGGCAAGCUCAGUUUCCCGGUGAUUCAUGCGCUCAACAAGGUCUCCGACGAGGUGAAGGAUCGUCUCAUCAAACUUCUCAAGGCGCGGUCCACCUCGGAAAAAGUGAAGCUGGAAGUGCUCGACAUUUUGAACAGUUCAGGCGCCCUACGCUACACGAAAGAAAAGUUGGCCCGGUUGAGGGUCGGGAUUGAGAAGGAAAUUGAAAGCUUGGGAGAAAACCAAUUAUUGGAACAGGUCAUGGAAACUUUGUGGGUUGAGGAUUAAAAAAAUUUCGUUAUUUUAUUAAUAAAUUUUUUGUGGAAUUAGCGUCA